UGUCGUGGACGCGAAAUUCUUCCUAUCUCGUGUGACAGAUGAUUACAUGAAAUCAUAACGAUGUUUGCAGCUGUCGCAUAACAGGUAUUUCCCGGUAGUAACUCGGAUGCAAUAUUUACCCUUAAUGUGUUACCAGCAUGUUAUACAGCCGGAUAUCCCUUUACUUUACCCUUCUGAAACAAAAUGUCCGGUCCAGUAACUCUGGAUUUUCCCUCAGCUGAAUACACAGUUAAGUCCAUCCUACUGACGUGAAGAUGGGGAAUAUUGAGGCUCAUGACUUUGCCCCAGUUAGAGCCGAUGAAAGGAAAGAGCUCAACCUGAGCAAGAAGAUAUCUUAUAAGCAGUUCUGUAAGCAUUUGAAAGGUGAAGCACACGAGUCCAUGUUAACUGAACUGCCGUGGGGCAUACGGGACUCAGUCUCCCUGUAUGAGAAGAUGAACAUAUCUUUCAACGCCAUCUCCGAGCUACCACCUGAGUUACCGUUGCGUCUGCCGCAUCUGUCACACAUAGAUCUCAGUUAUAACAGACUCCAGACAUUGCCAGAGAGCUUCGGACUUCUUUUCCAUCUCCGAACUCUGCUACUUAGUAACAAUGUUCUUCGAAGUCUUCCAGAAUCUUUUGUCCAUCUAGUAAAACUAGAACGUGUUGAUCUGUCUCACAAUCAGCUUAAGGAGCUACCUGAGGAAAUGGGGGAUAUGGAAGUUUUAUCCAAGCUAAACGUGGCCAACAACAAAUUAAAACUUCUACCGUUAUCCCUCGGUGCCAGUAAAUCAUUAACUUUGCUCAUAGCCAAUGGAAACAAGCUCGAUUCCCCUCCCCAAGCCAUUUGCAGCGAGGGGUCAAAAGAGACGUUACAUUUUCUUCGGAAACUAUAUGCUGUUUCAAUCAUUGAUGUGCCAAAAAGACCUUCUACUCCGCUAAAUGAGUUCCCCCGAGUGCGGGGCAACCAGUUGCAGAGUUCUGUGAUAAAUCCCCAUUCUGCCCAGGUUCAGUACAUACAGGAGCAGACGGAUACCCUCAAUACACCCAUGCGGAUCAAAACUCCCCUGUUACCACCGUAUGAAGCCUCACAACUAGAUGCCUUCCAACUGAGAGAUAGAAUUAUAGGUAUCAUCUAUGGUGCUGCAAUAGGCGAUGCUAUCGGCGUGGCAACCAGAUGGAUGUCCCCGGAUGAGUGUGAGUUCUACUACAGCCAAGACAGCAUCAGCUACACAGACAUUGUCCAUGAUGAACAUCGCGUUCGGUGGAGGAAGGGGGACUGGACAGGCAACUUUGAUGUUUUUAUGCUGGUGAUGGAGUCUGUGUUGUCCUGGGGUGGAGUUGUGGAUGAGCUGGACUUUGCCAAAAAGCUGCUGGAGUGGUCCAAAAUAGGCUUCCCUGAGCUCGGGGACUCUGAGGGGGUGGUCCUCAGUGAAACUGUCCAGAAGAUCUUGAAACAUAAAGGAUUUGUGGAGGACCCUCAUGGUACAGCAGUGAGGAUACUGACUGAAGCCCUGCCGGUAGAGAAUGGGUUUAACUUUAGUGACACGGACAGCCUGUUUGAUGAGGAUGUGUGGAGAAAGCAGCCGCCCAGACAAGCCAACCCCGAUCUCCGCAGCUUCAGUACUGCCUCCGUCAGCAUGUGUGAUCACUUCGGUACAGACAAUGGUGCUAUUGUCAGGACAGCUAUCCUUGGUGUCCCUUUCUUCCACAAUCUGGGAGAGGUGAAGGAGAAUGCUGUGAGAAUCUGCCGAGCAACACAUGCAGACAGUCGGUGUGUGGCCAGCUGUGUUGUCAUCUCUGUCGUCAUGGCGAUGCUGUUACAGGGGAGACAACUUGAGCCAGAGGACAUCCUGACGCAGGCGUGUGAACAUGGCCUGCAGUAUCUGUCAGACGAUGAGCUCAGAGACGAGAUGAUGAAACAGAUCAAAAUAACAGACGUAAAAAGCCUGAAGACAAAUGAGACGAACAGAAUGAGCCACACCUACAAGCCUCUAGCAGCAGCUGUUCUAGCUCUCCAAACACAAGACAGUUACAGGGAGUUUGUGAUGAAGCUGAUUCACGAGGCCGGUGACAGCAACAGCAACACGUGCGUGGCGGGGGCGGUGUUGGGGGCGAGGCUGGGCUACUCCCACCUGCCUGCUGACUGGAUUCAUGGGCUACGCAAGAAGCAGACCAACUGGCUCAACACCAAGAUCAACACGCUGCUGGACAUGAUGGGGAUUCCAUGAUUUGUCAUUAGAUGUACCUCAAGGACAAACUACAUUGUGAACAGCGAAACCCUGUUUAUCUGGAUAUUGGAAGUCUAGUUGCUAUGAAGAGUUGUGCCGCUUAGGUGUGUCAGAAUCCAGUGAUUGUGAGUUUGAAUCCAAGAUUCCUUUAUCAUCCUUGGUUUGUCAACCAUCCCUGUUCUCACAGGUUCCACCAAAGAAGUAAGCAUCUAUGAAGACGAAGACAUCAGUUCGGUUCUUCAGUGACACAUGUAACUGAAAUGCUGUUCAGAGUCGUUUGAGCCAACUGAAUCUGAUGGUACACUUCCCUGGGAUAUUGUCUGGAUUAGCAAACUCUGGAUGGAGGAAUCUUAGGUAUGGAUGUUCCGUGUUUGUGUGUAGCUGUUUCUACCAGAUACCAUCUGGAAGGGUGGUUCCUGGAUUAACAAGGUCCAGACCAGCAGGGUUUCUAUGCAAGCAUGAAUAUGUUAAUGUAACAAACACGAUUUAUUAUGCAGCAUGGCUGUUAAUGAUGUGACCAAAGUGUGAUAUGUUUUGUACAAAGAAGAUAUUCAGGGCAAACACAGGAACAGGGUUAUUGCUGCAAAUCAAACUAAGAAGGUCAGCCACAGGCAGAAGUCACAGACUGAAGCCACAGUCGGAAGUCACAGGCAGAAGUCACAGACUGAAGUCACAGUCAGAAGUCACAGUCGGAAGUCACAGUCAGAAGUCACAGACUGAAGCCACAGUCGGAAGUCACAGUCAGAAGUCACAUUAGAGUUUGUAUCAUGCCAGUCCUGGGUCUGUGAUGGUCAGUGAUGGUCAAUGGUGGUCUGUGAUGGUCAGUGAUGGACUGGGACCAGUUCCCAACCUGCCACUUCAAUGCCUAUAGUGUCCAUACAGCCUUUAUGCUUGGUUUCCUGGGCCCACUUGCAAAACAAGAGCUUACCCCAAGAGAAUCUUAAAUUCCAUACUUUAACAUUGACAUACAUCCAUCAUUGCUCUAAGAUCGUUUUGUACUGAAGGGUUGUUAUUGUUGAUAUUUACAACUAAUUUUAGUUUUCCUAAUCUUGCCAAGAUGGAUUAGGUGAUGAGGUUGUGUGGCGCACUGCAUCUAUUCUGUGGCAUAGAUUAUUGCUUACGCUUUCAGUCACUGGGUGCCUGGUCCAAAUUAUUUACAGGGUGUUCUGAUAUACCUGGAAUAUUGCUGCUGCAUAAAACAUUCUCUCGCUACUCCAAACAAUGUUCUUUGUGUAUUUAGUUUUUGAUUGUACUACAUGGAAGUCAAUAUUUAGUAUCAAGUCAUCUUUUAUGUUCAGUAUAUGCAAGGGGAGACAACUCCGGCACCUGCUAUUUAGGCAAUUACCAAGUGAUGGAGGGAGCCAAGUGGUUAUUGGGUUUGAAGCUUGUACUUGCUUGUUGUAUUUUGCCACAUGUGUAAUAAUUAUAGUAGGGGAGGCAUGGGAUGUCCAGUUGUCAAAGCGCAGCAAUUCGCUGUGCAGGGUUGUGUCCCUUAGACAUAUCAGAAUCCUAUGAUCGUGGGAUUGAAACCCAGAUUCGCCCUGAUUGUUUCUAGGUUUGUCCGCACCAUGCAGUGCCUGUGGGAUUCACCAAGGUGACUAUGUUAAGGAUCUGCAUCACUUGGGGCUGUUCUCCUGUAUCAAACUAUAUAACCAUAUAAGUGAAAUACUGUUCAAAGCAGGGUUAAACCAAACUCAAUCACUCACUCACUCACCAGUACAUGGAGCAGGGGUCGAUUUAACUGCUGGCUCGUUAAAAUUACACAGGGCUUGCUAAAACGUAGAGUAGUAGCUCAUCUGACUAGUCAAAAUUUCACCAUGUAUGUACCAUCAAAACUCAUUAUUUCGUGUAUAAUGUGCACCCCCUUCUACACAGCUGUGUUUUUUGGAAAAAAAGUGUGCACUAUACUCAAGAAAAUACGGUAUAAUAUUUUCGAAUUGAUACUACUCGUGAUCAUGCAAUUUUGAUGAGAAACAAUUUAGGGGGGAUGAGGUCUUGUAAAUGGUUAACUCAAAGAAUGAUAUAUGUUGAUCAUCUCGGUACAACAUUUUUAUUUGCUUAUAAAUCACCACAAAUGAGGCAAAUGGAAGCCAAGGUUUGAUCUCAGAGUGCAGGAAAAGGCGUUUCAGGGGUAAAAAGUUCUAAAAGAAUUUCAGGCCCCGCUAGGUUGCUAUGUGACCUCAGGUUCAGCCACUUUGCAGCCUCCACCCUUUUGUUAGGCCAGUUAGUUUUGAGAAGGGCCAGUAACUUUUAGAAGGAGCAAGCCCUGCUGGCUACAUACAAAUUUGUUGUUAAAUCUACCCCUGUGGAGUCUAUGGGUUGUUUCCCCUCUCAUGGGUACGGGGCGGUCGGGUAGAACUAGUGGUUAAAGCAUUCGCUCGUCACGCCAAUGACCCGGGUUCGAUUCCCGACAUGGGUACAAUGUGUGAAGCCCUUUUCUGGUGUCCCCCGCCGUGAUAUUGCUGGAAUAUUGCUAAAAGCGGCGUAAAACCCCACUCACUCACUCAUGGUUACUUGCAGUGACAUUUUGUGUCAAAUGACAUGUAGUCAACUCAAAUUAAUGCAUGUACAUUUUUGAUAGGCUAUUAGAUGAUACGUGUAAACAGUUGGUUCCUAGGGUGUUGCUCUGUGUUGUGAAAUCUUGUCAACUCUCUGACCAUUGAAAACAUAUCACGUUCUGGAAAAGCAGCGUGGUUAUGCUGGGACCAGAACAUUACACUGUCGCAAAUGAUAGACCAAGAAUUAUUAGGUUUCACAAACAGUCAUUUUUAACUGAAACUUAUGCUAUCCAAAAAUAUUAUGUAGCGUUGAUGUGUUUGGAUGGAGAAUCAUAAAUAUUUUGUGUUGGGCUGAAAUGGAUAUGCACACUUUGACCACAUCUAUGGACAUUUUGACACAGUUCCACCAUCUAUGACUACAGUAUGUUUGUCUUAACAUAUACCAUUAAUAAAAACAAUGUAGGUAGGGCAAGUGUAUUUUGACCUUCUUGCCAAAAUGUCAUGAUUUUUUUGUUAUUCCCAAAGUGCCUACCCAUUAUCCUGACACAAAUUACCUGACUGGGUUCUGUCUAGACAUUCUGUUUGCAUGUGUCAUUAAAUGCCAUUACUGAAGUAUACUACUCAAAAGAUGUUAAGGAGCACCCUAUUUUUUACUAUGACUAACUAUAGCCAUAUGUCUUCUUCAGUGUUCAUACCCAUAGGGGAAUAUCUAAACCAUGUAACCUCGUCGCCUGACAUCAGAGUACUGUAUGACAUCAUCAAUGGAAGGUCAUCAAAGGUAGAAAUUGAGGGCAAUACGCAUAGGAAAAAUAGGGCACGCUAACAUGUUGGUAUUGUGAUGUUUUAUUGUUAUCUUUGAGGUAAACGUUUAAAUAUGUGGUUGAAAUAUUUUGAAAGUUUAAUACAGUCAAGUCUCGUUGAUCCGACACUCGUUAAUCCGACAAUCGGCUUUAUCUGACAUUAAUGAUUGGAACCAAUUAAAUCAGUGUUAUUUAGACCCUUUAACCCGACAGUCUCCCACUCCGACUCCAACACACCUAAUUUGCAACGAAUUAAUGAAAUCACUCAUUAAUCAGUCUCGUUAAUCUGACACAGUGAUUAGCGUUCGUCAUCUGCCCGCGAGUACACAGCCCCGUGUUUUGAUGCGAUAUGAGUCUUAAGCUUUGCGGUACCAGUUUCAAACUUGUAACUUCCAUUCCAGACCUUGUUUUUAACGAACGUUGAUACUACUUUAUUUCGUUUACAUACUCGUUAAUCCGACAUAAUUAUAUGCAACCAACCAUGACAGAUUAACGGGACUUGACUGUAAUGUUAAUUAUGCUGUUAUGUGAAAAUGUUAACAGGGUGAAUGAUUUCCACAUAUGCCUGUAAGGAUUGAUAGAAAUGUGUGAAUUGGGCAUGGUACAAGGAUUUAUCUAGACCUGCUCAGGGGCCGAUAUUUGACCCCAAGUCUGAAGCCAAAGUCAGUAAAAGUUCCAAAAUUGGAAAUAUAGUUUCUCAAUUUAUUGUAGGUAUGACUAAUGUUAUAGUUUUGUGGAGGUGAUGUGUAUUUCACCGACAACGAGACCAAAUAUAGAUUAAGAGGGAUUAUUGUAAUGUAAAGAAUACCAGUUUGCACAGAUGAUGUUUCUAGGUUUCUCAGCACCAUACCCUUCUUCGUGAGUUUCACCAAAGUGGUAAACGUCUAAGACCUGCAUCACUUCAGGCUUUCUCACAUUAAACUGACACGCUGUGAUAUAACUGGAAUACUGUUAAAUCGGCUCUAAACCUGACUCACUCACUCACUCAUUUAAUAUAAAAAAUGUUCAACAUUGUUGUCACAGUUGAAACUUGGAUAAUUGAGCAAGAACCAGUGAUGAACUCGCUUGUAAGGGGAAUAUAUUUGGGCAUCAGGCAAUGCAAAUUUAAACCCUUGUAGGCCAUGACAAACAUAGUCAUUACUUCAUGGGUUUGUUUACACUAUAUCUUCCAUCACCUGUGAAUACACAUGUACACUUUGUGGUGUAAUAGUGACAUGUGUCUAGUUUUGAUAAGCUAUCAAAGUGAUACUAUACUCACCAAUGUCAAAUGGAGCCUAACUCCAUGCAUGAAACUUGUACCAACCUUGUCUGAUAUUGAAGCAAUGUGUAGGGUUGAUGGCAGCCAAUCUUGUGCAAAUACUUGUCUGAGAACUUGCAGGUUUCCAUUUCACUGGAACCAGGACGUUCCUUGAUUUGUGGGUUACAGCUGCUACAUCCACAGAGACCUAUGCACGGGGGAUGGAGAAACAUGUGUAAACAAGCCUGUGAAACAGUGACGAUACAGGACUAAUAGAUAAUAAUAAUAAUAAAGUCCAUUUCUUCAGCGCCAUUUCCGUCUACGUAGUCGCUCAUAGCGCCGCACACAGGGUCAUAGACACAUCUAAAGAGAUAAGUCUUUAGUUUUGUCUUGAAAGUGUCCAGAGUUGGAGAUUGCCUAAUUUCCACUGGAAGGGAAUUCCAGAGCACAGAUGCAGUGUGAGCAAAAGUUCUGUUGCUGAAUGCUUUGAGUGAGACCAUAGGGACACUAAACUGGAGUUUAUGUGCUGAUCUGAGAUCUCGUGCUGGCUGGUGUAGGGUAAGAAGUUCACUCAGAUAGGAAGGUGCUGUACUAUAGUAGUACUGGAAUGCAAUGCACACGACUUUGUAUUCAAUCCUAGAUCUUAUUGGAAGCCAGUGUAAUGAUUUUAAUAAAGGAUAUACCAUUAUGUGAGGUUGUGCAUCAAGUUUCAGGUCUAUUUAUUGAUGAGGACCAGAAGCUUUUGACCAAAUCAUGUAGCCAUUGUUGGUGGCAUGCGUGGCAUGUCAUAGGUUUAGGUAUACAUGUCUGCCUUGUUUUGUAUAUACACAUAUAUAUAUUGAUUGUUACUGUUUGUGUUGAAUGCCGUUGUGUGCUGUUACAGUUGUUUGCCAAAGGAAGUUCUCAGUGAGUCCCUGUCUCUUGCUAUGCUAAUGAUUCUGCUGUGUAGAGUAUUCAGACUGUGAUAAAUGUCACUAAAAUUAAGAAAAGUGGGUUCUUUAGAUUGAUGGGGGAAGUUCUGUUAGAUAUUUCCUUUAAAACAUUUACCAUUUUAGUUUGAUUUGUGAUGAAUGGCACUCUGUGGUGCUACAGGGGGUUAGUAAUUCCAUGUUUCAGAGUUUAGUUGUUAGUAAGUCUAGUUACAUGACUAGUUAUAAUUAAAUGGGCACUGUCUGUGUUGUACUAUAAGGGAGGAUGUUUUACUUACCAACAAGUUAACAUAUAAAUGCCUUGAAUUUCAAACAGAAUUACGAUGCCUACCAACAGUUCUAUGCUUUUAUGACAACUGUUGAUGUCUAAUAACUUUGUGAAUUUUACAUACAGACACAAACAUACCUAUUAAUACUAUGUGCCAUGUCGUGCCGUAUCUUCUCAUCGGAUUAUGUAGGGACCCUGCACCCCUAUGAGACCCUGAAAUAGGACUGUUUUCAUCUGGGGGGCACGGGUGGCCCAGUCGUCUAAGGCGCCGCGAUUCGCUGUGCAGAGUUGUGUCCCCUGGGCAUGCCAGAAACCUAUGAUUGUGGGUUCGAAUCCCGGUUCGCCCCGAUUAUGUUUCUAGGUUUGUC